UUGGAUUACUAUUUUUAUGGUUGAAACUUUGUCAACAAAAUUGCCAGCUUAAAUAAAAUUGCCAUCAAAGAAGAAGAAAGUAUAAACUUAAUUAAAUGUAAUCGAUGCUCGACAGAUUUCUUUAAACUAAUUAGAAAACCAAGACUCCUUUAAUAAUUCAACAAAUUAGGUUUUGAUUAUUUAGUGCAUAUAAAAGUUUUAAUUUUAUAAUGCGGAUACACAUAGCUGUUUGACACCCAGAGCUCGUCUAAGAAGGGAUUAAGGAGCAGACUGACAAAGUGAAAUAAGCGACAGAUGAACACAAAACGCACUGCAAUGCUAAACAGAGAAUGCAGAAGGCGAGAAGUGAAGGGAGCGAAGAAAGAAGAUGUGGAGGAGAAAGGGAAGAAGCUGACGGGACCACGAUAAAAGCAUCAUAAAGCGCCAGCGACUGCCUCACUUCGGUUUUGUUCGGUCGGAAAGCCGCUUUGCUUGCCGCAUUUCGUCAGCCUCGCUUCUUUUUAUUAUAGUGUAGAUUUUAUUGUACGACGACGUGUCGCGUGGUGCGUGUAGUUCAACCAACAGCCACCAAAGUGAGAUUCUGGACUAAUUAUCAUUCCACAUAAAAAACAUUGAGUCAACUGCGAGGAUAAUUGAACUCAAUUAAGCGCGCGCAAUGACUUCCGCAUACGAAGUGACGACUUCGCGUGGCUCAACAAAAACUUGCUUCAACGAUCGGCAACUGGACAACUCGGACGCAGAAGAGACUUCAUCGUUGUCGUCGCUGCACGCCAGUUUUGCAACAGGUGAUUCCUUUUUCGAAGAACUCGCGACUUCUACGGAAGUUAAUCAAGCACGAUCGCUUAGUGAAUCGUUCGAUGGGGAUGUAAGCGCUCUCGGCGAGGAGAUGCAGAGAACGAUGGAUAUGCGCGAAGAGAAAAGUAAAGAAAACAUCAACACUUCUACGAAUUCAGUGAAUGAUAGUUCGCAAAUAAAUGAAUCUAGCAACGAGGAGACGUUUAUAGAAGACGGUGAAAAGCGUAAAGAGAUGAGUUCAAUUUUGAUUUUGCCGGCGGACAGUGCAUCGGAAUACGCGUCCACAUGCGAGAGAAACGAGCAGAACAGGAAUCAGAAGGAGGAUAAAAAAAGAUUAAACCAGCGCGCGAACCAAGAUCAGCGAAAUUUGAGCGUACAAGAACGAUGCGCCAACGAUAGCGUACACGCCGGGGGGAAUCUUCGAGAUUCCAUGACGGAAGACGUGCGUGUUCAUUGCGAGAACAUGACAAAACUCGAUCCGAUCGAGAGGCAGGAUGGUGACUCAUUCUAUGAUGCUGUGCGAUCAGGAAACGCCGAGCAUGUCUCGAUGCUAAUUGCCAGCGGUCGCGUGCAAAACCUGGACGAACCGGAUUGGAAUGUGUCGGGCGAUCCACCCUUACUGAUUGCGGCGACGAAUCGUUGUCUUCCUAUGCUGAGCGUUCUGCUGGCGAGCGGGUGCGAUCCAGCUGUGCGUUCGCCGCGGGGCGAAACGGCGCUGCACAGAGCGAUUCUGAACGGCGGGCCAGGCAAUGUAUUAAAAUUCGUGGAGGACCUCUUGAAACACGGCUGUCCGCCGAGCGUCAAAGAAGCCGGCAGCGGAUCAACUGCAUUGCACGUUCUCUCCCGCCAGCUAGCUCACGCGUCGCUGAAAUCCCUUCAUCUGAAUCACGACGCGGCCUUGAAAACGCUGGAACUAUUGGCAAAAGCAGGUCCUGUGAACGCUAAGGAUCAUCAAGGCCGAAGCGCUUUGCACAUUCUAGCGUCGUCCACUAUCUUCGAUAACGAUGACAAAAGCGACAUCGAGUCGCUGAUCGGGACACUCCUAGCCGCCGACGUGGACGCCGCCCUGAAGAACGAUCGCGGGGAGACAGCGUUGCACGAGAGUCUGGAGUGCGGCGCGUUAAACACGGCUAUGCUGUUGAUACCGCAUACGCCGGCGGGCAUUAAAUCGCGAUACGGCGAAACCCCGUUGCACAUAGCGUCGCGGAAAAAUCAGGUCGACAUAGUGGCCAAGCUACUAGAGCACAAUGAGGAUCCUGGCACGCAAGACGCUGGCGAUAACACGCCACUGCAUCUCGCGUCGGCAAGAGGAUUUCACGAGACGGUAUCUUUGUUGGUCACGUCGCCUCUGGCUCAAUUGGAAAAGAUCAAUGUUGACGGCCUGACAGCGCUGCAAGUUGCCACCGAGAGUGGAUUCGUCAACACCGUCAGAAUAUUGCUGAAAGCCGGCGCCGAUCCCAGUCAGUCUGUGCAUUAUCGCGCGACCAUUUUACGUCGGCAUCCCGAUAUCUCGCUUCUCAUUGACCACGAGCUGAUGAGACGUCGACAACUCGCCGCUUAAUCUAUCGCGUCGCGUAUAUUUUCCAUAUACUUUUAUAAGAAGUCUGCUUGGAUAUGUUUCCGGCAGUUAAUCACUAUUUAAUCCAAAAAUGCUAGUGUUUUAAAACUGACGGUUUUUUUAAUUAAUUAUCUAUAAAAAUCGUAGUUAUAUGAGGAUAGUCCAGAAGAUAAAGAUACAAAUAAAAUAAAAAUUUAAAUAUAUAUUAGGUACUAAACUUAGUUUCCGCCGCUCACAAGUAGAUGGUGCCAGCUGCAGACGAAGUAAGUUUUGAUGUUUGAAGUUGCCUUAUGAAAGAUAAACAUUGGUCAAUACAAUUUAGUGUGCAAAGGUUGAGUAUUGUGUAAACAGAGAGAAGAUUUUUUAAUCGAUGAAAAAUGAAUCGUAAUAAAGUAUUUUUUCGACAUGUACUUCUCCACUAAUUCGACAUGAAGAAAACUACAGCUGAAACGCAUCGCUUACUGUCCGAGACUUAUGGUGAAGAAGCUCCAUCAGAAAGAAUGUGUAGAGAGUGGUUUCAACGUUUUCGAAGUGGUGAUUUUAGCAUGGAAGACAAAGAACGUUCAGGACAGCCGACAAAGUUUGAGGAUGCCGAACUUCAAGCUUUACUGGAUGAAAAUCCAUCUCAAACGCUUUUAGAAUUGUCGAAAGCGUUGGAUGUUACUUCAAUGGCUGUUUGCAAACGCUUACUCUCGGAAAAAUCCAGAGAAGAAAAAAGGAAAAUGUCUCCUUUCAGAAAGAUGAGCAAAAGUCAUAGAAAAUGAGGGAAAAUAUUUUGAUUAAUGUAUUUUACUCUCUAAUAAAUGAAUUUUGUAAGACGAAAAACGGCGGAAACUAAGUUUAACACCUAAUAUAUAAUCUAUCUAGGAAAAAAAGAUAAUCUCAUUAACGUAUGCACAGAAAACGAGGCAAAAGGGACCGGCGUCUACGAAAGGCAUCUCUGACGCCGCUGUGUAAGAGCUCACCCUAUUUUUUUAGGUCGGAAUAUACAUAAAAUAAAUAGAAUAUGUUAUCACAAAAAAGUACUUUGUAGAAAAAAUUUAAUAUUGUAAAUACCUCGAAAUGUGUAAGGAGCUUAUAUAACUUACUAUCCGCCUUUUUGACAGCGUGUUAGCGUUCUAGAGUUGACUGCUAAAGAUUACUAUGUACAAAAUGUAAUUGUUACACUCGUUAUUGCUCAAUAUCGCUAUGUGCAAUUGUAAGUAUAAUACGAAACCGUUGCCAUAAAUCGCGACUGUGGAUCAAAGUGCAUUAAUUUAGAAAACUGCGACAUGUGAUUUAGAAUACGUAAAACCACAAUGUUACAAGCUUUAAUGUCAUUGUCGUAAUCGUUUGAACUAUUGUCACUGUAAUCGCCGUAAUCGCAUUAUUAAUAUUUGAGAUAUGUUCACUUAUAUUCAAGUUAUUCGAAUAGGGAUUAAUAAAAUAAGAUGUAACAGUUUUUAUAUAGUUUUAAUAUUUUUUUAUAUUUUUUUUAUAUUUUAUAAAUCCAUAUAGUCUGAAAUAAAGAGCAGAAUUGAAUAGAUUUAAAGUAUGUUUAUACGUACAGUUAAGCAAAAACGGAGGCUUUAAACUAUUUUUCUCAAA